AUGGAGAUCGCUGAGGAUUAUGUUGAAGCUGUAGCCGAGCUGAUCGAAUCCAACGGUUCCUGCCGCGUCACCGAUCUCGCAGAAUACUUCGGAGUUACGCAUGUCACUGUCAUUAAGACCGUUCAGCGUCUCGAACGCGAUGGGCUCCUUAGUACCGAGCCGUACAAACCCGUCGAGCUCACUUCGGCCGGAAGCCAGAUGGCGCAGGAGUGCAAAGAGCGACACGAAAUCGUGUAUCAGUUUCUCUUAGCGAUCGGUGUUGAUGAAGCCGCGGCGGCUGUAGAUGCCGAGGGGAUCGAGCAUCAUGUCAGUCCGGCAACCCUCGCUGCAUUCAAGAAAAUCGCCCAGAAAUAG